GGAGGAACCAUUGACAUCACUGUUCAUGAAGUCCUGGGUGGAGGAGCCCUGAAGGAGCGACACAAAGUCUCUGGAAAUAAUCUGGGAGGACAAACUGUGGACAGAAAAUUUAAGCAGUUUCUCAGAGAGAUAUUCACUGAAGGAGUCUGGGAUGAAUUUGAACAAAACUCUCUCAGUGCAGCUCAGAGAAUGAUGUAUGAGUUUAGCUAUCUAAAACAGGUAGAUAAAGAUGUUCAGAUCAGCUGUCCAAGAGCACUGGAAAAGUUAGCUAAAGACAAAUCAGGCACAGAAAACUUUGUUAAGUCAGAACUUGGUGCUUCCUGGGAUGGUGAUUUCAUCAAAAUCUCAAGAGACAAAAUGAGAUCUUUCUAUGAUGAAAGCCUGAAGGGCAUCACUGAGAAUCUCAUGGAAAUCUUUACCAGUGGUCUCAACAUCAAGUACAUUCUGUUAGUGGGUGGGUACGCUCAGAGUAAAGUUCUGCAGCAGCACAUUACUGACCAGUUUGGACAUCAGUGUAAAGUUCUGUGUCCUUUCAGAGCUCAGGAGGCGAUUCUGAGAGGAGCUGUAGAGUUUGGUAGAAACCCAAACAUUGUGGCUUCUCGUAAAAGUUCCUAUACUUAUGGAUUCGCUGUUUGUGAAAAGUUUGAUGAGAUCAAACAUAAGAAAGAAAAGAAAUUUACAGCCAAAGGUGUUGAAUGGAGUCGAGAUAUUUUCAGGAAACUGGUGGAAGAAGGUGAAGAUCUUGGUUCAGAGGAGACCAGAAAGUUCUUAUGUUCUCCAGCAAAAGAUGACCAGAAACAGAUGAAACUGAGA